AAUUACCAGUCAAUUAAUUUAUUUUCUUUCAAGUUCCAUUGAGCGUUGUUUACAACAAAAAUAAGACGCCCACUUUUGAUAUCACGUUCACUAUGGAUCUCCGCAAAAGUAGAGCAACAACAACCACCGUUACUCUCUCAUGUCUUCUCCUCGUUUCUUCAUUCUACACUCUCUCCACCGCAAAAUCAGCCACAAAUCCACCCUCGUACCAACUCUUUCUAUUUGUAGGAUUCGUUCUAGCCGCAGCUUUGUCGCUUCUGAUACUUGUCACUGCUGCACGAGCCACCAUGGUCGCGUGGAUAACAGUGAUCGUCUUGCUGGCCUUCUCGGGUACACGCCGCCGUGUUCUGGCGAAGCAGGGAAAGAUGAUAACGACGGACGUGGCUAUGUGCUUGGUCAGGGUUCUGAUUAGUGAGGCAGAUCCUCGUGGUUAGUCUGAUGGGGUUGGUACGAUGUUAAAGAGUAUUUACUAUAUACAUAUUAUCCUUGUAUAUAACUUCAAAUUAUUCGUUUUGCGAAUGAUUUUCGGUUUUGUU